UGGCGGCAGAGCAGCCACCGUCAGGCAUGAAGGGCUGGAGGCCGGCUGCUGCUUACUCCUCGCUCCAGCGCCAUGGAAUGCCUACGGAGCUUGCCCUGGCUCCUGCCACGCGCGAUAAGACUCCCCCGGCGGACCAUGUGUGCUCCGGCCUUGGACCUGACCUCUGUGGUUCGUCCCGUUGCCGCCUGCGGUCGCGCCACCAACUUACUCGGAAGGAGCCGGGCCUCGCCGCCGUGCGGAACCCACCGGCUCCGUGCGGCAGGUGAAAUACAUCGGUUUAGAACUUCUGAUGUCUCUCAAGCCACAUUAGCCAGUGUAGCCCCAGUAUUUACUGUGACAAAAUUUGACAGAAAGGGAAACGUUACUUCUUUUGAAAAGAAGAAAACUGAGUUAUACCAAGAGUUAGGUCUUCAAGCCAGAGAUUUGAGAUUUCAGCAUGUAAUGAGUAUCACCACCAGGAACAAUAGGAUUAUCAUGAGAAUGGAGUAUUUGAAAGCUGUGAUAACUCCAGAGAGCCUUCUGAUACUAGAUUAUCGUAAUUUAAAUUUAGAGCAAUGGCUUUUCCGGGAACUUCCUUCACAGUUGUCUGGAGAGGGCCAACUUGUCACAUACCCUUUGCCUUUUGAGUUUAGAGCUAUAGAAGCACUCCUGCAAUAUUGGAUCAACACCCUUCAGGGGAAACUUAGCAUUUUGCAGCCACUGAUCCUUGAGACAUUGGAAGCUUUAGUGGAUCCCAAACACUCCUCUGUAGACAGAAGCAAACUGCACAUCUUACUACAAAAUGGCAAAAGUUUAUCGGAGUUAGAAACAGAUAUUAAAAUUUUCAAAGAGUCAAUUUUGGAGAUCUUGGAUGAAGAAGAGUUGCUAGAAGAGCUCUGUCUAUCAAAAUGGAGUGACCCACAAGUCUUUGAAAAGAGCAGUACUGGGAUUGACCAUGCAGAAGAGAUGGAGUUGCUGUUGGAAAACUACUACCGAUUGGCUGAAGACCUCUCCAAUGAAGCUCGGGAGCUUAGGGUACUGAUUGAUGAUUCACAAAGUAUUAUUUUCAUCAAUCUGGACAGCCACCGUAAUGUGAUGAUGAGGUUGAACCUACAGCUAACCAUGGGAACUUUCUCUCUUUCGCUCUUCGGACUAAUGGGAGUUGCUUUUGGAAUGAAUUUGGAAUCUUCUCUUGAAGAGGACCAUAGGGUGUUUUGGCUGAUUACAGGAAUUAUGUUCAUGGGAAGUGGACUCAUCUGGAGGCGCUUGCUUUCAUUCCUUGGACGACAGCUAGAAGCUCCAUUGCCUCCCAUGAUGGCCUCUUUACCUAAAAAGACCCUUCUGGGAGGUAGAAGCAUGGAAUUGAAAAACAGCCUCAGACCAGAUGGACUUACUUCAAGUAGGAAUAUCCUAACAAACCGUUAGCAACGACCCGACCCAGUGGAUACUGAAUAUUUUUUAUGGUAGUCACAGGACACUUCUGAUACUGUUAUUUUCUUUUAUAAAGUCAGACACUUGAAGAAAAUCACUGAUACUUAAAUUAAAAUGUCCAACGACAAAAAUAUUAUGGCAUUCACAAUACUAGAACUUUAUUGCAUUUCUGGAAUUCUGAUUUAAAGAAGCAAAGUGCUUUCUUUGUAAAAGGCCCAAAGUUUACUUCCUACAAACUUUAAAUGCUGUUUUUAUAAACAUGAUGUAAGAUGUGAAGAAGUUUAACACAAGAACACACUUCUAUAGAUUUUAUUUAGUCUACACAUAUCAGGAAAUGUUCAGUUUCAUACUGAAUGAAGCUGAGGGACUUGACAAAUAUAUUGGGGUGGCUGUGGUUCUUUGUUAGUACAGGGAAUGUUUAUAUGAACUUCCUGAUCUCAGGUGACUGAAAAGCUAGCAUUACAUGUAUAUGUGUUAACCCUAAACUCUGGAAGUUGUGCUUUAAAAGUCAAUCCUUGACAUAACCUUAUAUUUUCGUAUUUGCCAUCUUUUAUAUGUAAGGUGAAGAAAUGAUAAUUUAAUAUCAGCACUAUAUGAUUCCAGUUAAUCAAGAUUUCACUUUCUUAACCCUUGAAACUUUUUUUUUUUUUUGGCUCGGCUAUAAUUAGAGCCUUUGAAAGUAGAAAGGAAGCAUUUUCCAUUCAGUUACUGGUUAUAGCUGCAUUGUGCAUUUACUGAUUAUUAGUGCAUAUUUUUAGGCCCCUGUAAAAAAGAAAAAUGUAUAUUAAGCUAAUCUAUAUGCUAUACCUCACAAGUUAACAGAUGGGCUUCCUAAAACAAGAGGGUAGACGUUAGAAUUGUGAUAGCUUUUUGUUUCCACAGGGUUUAGGGCUUCCUAAAACAAGAGGGUAGACAUUAGAAUUGUGAUAGCUUUUUGUUUCCACAAUCAGAGAUUUGUGUAAUUACAAGUGCAAGCUGCUGUCUUACCUACCUUUUAAAAUUUUUUCUGGAGGUUAAGUACAGUUAUGCACUAGGACAUUUAAAUUUGCCACCAAAACUGGCAUACAUGGAAGACUCUAGAGUGUCCAGAGCAGCUCUUACACUACAAAUGUGUGGUAAUAAGAGCGUAAAUAUGCCUACCCUGAUGACAAGGGUACCAGCUUACCCUUAUGCGAUGUAGUAUGAGGAAGUUUAGGGGUCCAUUUUCCAGGUGGUUUGGUAAUGGAAUAAUAUUACUCCAGUAGCUGAUUUGGAAGAAAACGUAUGAUAUUACAAGUAAAGCUUUUCCCACUCUCAUGUGUGGUUAUGAGGACCCACUGGAGGGAACCUGGAAGCAAAAUAGCGUGAAACAAACUGACUUGGAGCACAGACUGGCCCCUGUGCACUGCGCGGUGGGUCAGGAACACGCCCUAUGAUUUGAUGGUUGGAAUGUAAAUAUAAGCACAGUUUAGCAUUAUGCAUCUGAUGAUUUUCAAGACUAUCUUUGAUAAUACUUAGACUUCACAGGGCACUGUUUGGCACACCUCAGAGUAUUUUGCUGCUAUUUUUGGUCUUCUGUUAAAACACUGUAAUAAAGGUAAUAAAUAUGAUUUAACUGUGACUUGAAGAAUUGGAAUCCCAGGGGGCAAAACUUGGUAACUAAGAUCAGGCAUAGAAUAGAAUUUUGAUCAUUUGAUCCUUAUAGUGUUACUGACUUAGUUUAUGAGCUUGGAUAAGAUAAUUUUUUUGAUGAAUCAUGUCCAUUAAUAAAAGGAAAAAUGAUGUAACUACCUCAUAGUCUGAUAAUGGCAAUUCACUAGUAAUUCGUAAAAUUCUUAGAUGAACUAUGAUUUCAAAAUGUCAAUGAGCUCAUUCUUGUGAUUGGAGGAUGCUUCUGACAUUAAAGUUAUAAAUAAUAAAUUGCUUUUAAAUUUUGAACUAAAAUAAUAGACUAAGCACCUUAACUACUAUGUGAAAGUAAAGUGGUAAAACACCAAAUAGUGGGUUAUGUGAGUGGACAUGUCAGGUGUAAGGCGUGAUACUCUCAGCAGCCUGACUUUGUCUUUGGAAGGCCUCUAAGAAAGGCGGGCAAAACAUGUCAUUUGAAAAUGCUAUUAACACUAAGCUUUAUUCUUGAUAAACACAGACUGUGAUAAAUAGCUACUACAAGUUUCAGAUUAAAAAGCUAUUUAUUUUGGUGAAUUACGCCAAGAGUUUUACACAACCUUAUUUUUUGGAAUUGAAAUAUUCACAUUGAAUUUAGGAUUCAUUUUCAGUACAUUAGUAAUACAGAUGUGAUCUAAUGGAUGGUGGUGCAUGGAAUAGGGACUCCAGAGAUCUGAGUUUUGUUACCAAACUAUCUUGAAGUCAUUCUCAUCUUUUAGGUCUGUGAUACAAGGGCAUAAAACAAUUGUGAUCUUGAAACUUGAAGAAAGUUGUUAUGUAUACAGAUAGAAAAAUGCAAGGAUGUAAAUGUGUUCUGAUAUCUUGAAACAAAGAUAAAUUUGAAUUAAACUGUUAACGUAGUUUCAGACUUAUGUUAAUGAUAAAUUUUGGUUACUAAUAUUUACAGGGUAUUUACAUUUUAGUUGCUAAGCAUUUCAGAAUCAAUGCUUAGAACUACAUAGUUUAUACUUCAUAAAAUUAAAAGUUAGUCCACCUAGUGGGAUAAUACAGUCUAAAAUCUAUCAUUUUUUUCCUUAUGUGUCAGGUUUUUACAUAUUUGCCAAAUAGGUUGACCUUUAACACUAGGUGUAGAAUUUACAUUAUUUCUGACAUUGGAAUGAGUAUUGCUAAGUAUUCUAUAAACUUGGAAAUUUGUCUCUUUCUUUAUAGGUUUAACUUUAGCUUUCUCUGUCU